AUGGUUUCAAAGCCUGCCUUAAUAACAUUCCUUAGCCUUAUAGUCCUUGGUCUGUCAUUCUCUUCUUUUUGGGCUUUCAAAGAAGAGAAACUUGUGUUUUACAGUCAUGGCAUUCUGACUGGAGAGAACAUAACAGAAGUUGUAGUUGCAGGAGUGAAUGGUUUAAUUUUGAGUCCAGAGUUUGGAGCAGUAAUUGUUGCAGAUGAUCCUGUAACUGAAGGUCCAGACCCCUCCUCCAAGACUAUUGCAAGGGCCAAAGGAAUUUAUGUUAGUUCUGAUCUGGGAGGCACUAAUUUUGAGCUGCUUUUAUCUGUGGUGUUUGAGAACGAGAAAUAUAAUGGCAGCACCCUUGAGAUCCAGGGAGCAGAUAGAUAUCUUCAGGAGAAAAGAGAGGUGUCUGUUGUUGGAGGGACAGGGUACUUCAGAUAUGCUCGUGGGUAUGCUAUAUUGGAAACUGCUAGCGUUCAAGGUUUCAAUGCUAUUGGGAAAUUUACUGUAAAUGUACGAUUAGGUUGA